ACUUGUUCACUUCAUUCAUCAUCAUGUCUGGGUUGACUUACUGCGCGAGGGCACACGUACAAAGGACGUUCGAACAGCUUAUGAAUGUGCUUCCAUCGCAGUUGAAGGAGAAGCCCCAAGUCAUUCUUCUUGCAGGAGGAAAUACUCCCUUCCGAAACGACACAGAUCGCGAGCUACCAUUUCGCCAAGAGUCUAAUUUCUACUACCUCUCAGGAUGCUCCGUCCCUGGAUCAUUCCUUCUCGCUCUGUAUCAGCCUGAACAGGCAAACACUUCUACAAGGCUGAGCGUCAAGCUGUCUAUCCCGAAAAUAGAGCUCGCGGACCUUAUGUGGAGUGUUCCACCGCCAACAAUCGAGGAAGCGAAGCUGCUAUUUGACGUAACCGACAUUGCGUAUAGCUCAGAGCUACAAUUUGCCAUCGAUUCACUCCUUCAGUCACAUCCAGAAGCUGUCUUCCAUACAUUGCCGCGCAACUCGCCUCUAUUUCCCACUUUAUCCGAGGAGUACACGACGACUAUUGUUGCAUCAGAGACCCAUACCGCAACGGAUGCAUACUUACUCUCUUCCUUGCACAAAACACGAUUGAUCAAGGAUGAGAACGAGGUAUCAAUGCUCCGACGCGCAAACGACAUCAGCUCGAGGGCGCAUGAGACCGUCAUGCGCGUUUUGGGCAACGCAGUACAGGGUAAGAUUCUUCAGGGAAAGGGUGCAGGCAUUGAUCGUCCCCUUCUUCCCGGAGAGUGGCUGAUUGAGAAAGAGGCGGAAGCAGAAGCGACCUUCGUUGCGUCAUGCCGGCGUGAAGGGGCUGUUCAUCAAGCAUAUCUCCCUAUCGUUGCUGCCUCUAAGAGGGCCGCUACGUUACAUUACUGCUGUAACGACCGAGAGUUCACCUGGGGACCUGUAAAGCCACACGAUCACUUGAAUCGCGAUGCAUUUGCACACGGCUCUACACCCGAAAGGCAGUUAGAGCCUCAGGUACUCCUUAUCGACGCAGGAUGCGAAUGGGAUUGCUACUCUGCAGACAUUACACGCACGAUGCCUGUUGGAAACGGCGGAAAGUUUACUGAGAAGAGCAAGCAAAUAUACUCUCUUGUGUUGGAGAUGCAGCAGCAAUCGAUGAAAACACUCAGACCUGGCAUCCACUGGGACACCAUCCAGCUCCUCUGCCAUCAUAUUCUUGUGGAAGGGUUCCUCCGCCUCGGACUUUUCAAAGGCUCGAAAGACGAAAUCAUGCGCUCUGGAGUUAGCUCGGCCUUUUUCCCUCACGGAGUCGGGCAUUCGCUGGGAAUGGAUGUGCAUGAUGUCCCGAGUGCAAGUAAACCAAUAAACAACACGACUAUUCCACAAGACAACAUUGGACACCCCAGUUUUUACACCUACCUGCGGCUCCGGUUACCACUCGCAGAGGGCAUGGUUGUUACUGUUGAACCGGGAAUAUACUUCCAUGAACAUCUACUCAAAGCUGUAGAGGAGUCAGAAUAUGUGAACCGCGAAUUGUUGAAAGACUACCGCGAAAUGGGCGGCGUGCGCAUUGAGGACGACAUAUUGAUCACUUCAGAUGGGUGCGAGAACCUCACGAAGGUUAGGAGUGAUGUUGAAUGGCUGGAGUCGGUGUGCUCUGGGGAGAUUUGAAUGUAGAAAGUCGUUUGUAAGGAAUUGAAAUUCCACGCAGCUAGUUUUAUUGGGUGACUUUGAUUCGGCACAAGAUUUCAGCAGUGACUGGCUUCUUCUAGCCCCAGUAAAAUAUUAAGACACGAACACCCGAAGUACCAAUAUAUCAAAGAUCGUGAUGGAACUAAUGACGAAUAUCCGCCGGAUCCUGGAUUUAGUGCUGGGAAAUCCAAGGGCAAUGCGUAGUUGACAUACAGAAAAUAAUGCUUCGCAGCAGACGAAUUUGAAUUCCAAUGUUUCCUACUUAGUAGUUUACAAAGCGCAACAGGGUGAGUAUCCGUUUAGUUCAACGUUCAACUGGGCAC